AUGUUCGUGUCGGGACCAGGUAACCUUGUGCACGAUGAGGCCUUGAACACGGAGAUGCUCUGGCUUCUUGGGUUUCCAGCGGUUUUAACGUUAAAAAUUACAACUGAAGAAAAUGAAAAUUUGUGGAAAAAAUGUGGUGCACGGUUUAUUGGCGAACCAUCUUUUAAUGAUGACGAACCAAAAUUUUUGGCAAUGGGAGCGCCAGUAGCGGUAAACGAAUUUCCAUUUGUAGCGGCUCUCUCCAUUAAAAAACCAUAUCCGUUUACAAUUUUCGGAAAUUUUGCUAGUCGUUACCAGAACUUUUCCUGUACUGGUGUACAAAUCUCACCACGACAUAUUAUGACCGCUGCACACUGUGUUUUUAAUUAUGAUGGAUACCAACUGGGAGAAAUGUGUAAAAAAACGGAUCCAAAAAGGAUACCUAUGAAAGUGCUGAAUGGUGAUCUUUUCACUGUUUAUGUUGGUAGUACAUGUCCUCCAUCUGGAUCAUGUUCUCCUCGUGGAACCAAAUACAAGGCUCGUUCGGUGAUUCCUCAUCCAGAUUUUGAUAUCUGCAAGCCUCUGAAUGAUGUAGCAAUCCUAGAACUUGAUUCUACGAUACUAUCAACAGAUGGGGUACCUAUUUGUAUGCCCGGAAGUAAUGUGUCGUUAGUAAACACCUUAGAUUCAGCUGGAUUUGGAAUCGAUCCAAGCUUCUACUCAAAUCCAACUGCUCCUGGUCUUCAAGUUGUGCAAUUAACGAAACGGCAUGAAGUUAACGGCAUAAUUGAAACUGCUGAUAAAUCGCAAUCAUUGUGCAGAGGAGACAGUGGUGGACCUCUUUUCCAAACUGAUGAACAAGGUAGAGAAACUCUUGUGGGGAUCGCUUCUACAGUCGAACCAUACUGUCUACAGUUUGCCUCAGUAAGACGGAACAAUUUCACCGAUGUACGUCCGAAGAUUGACUGGAUUUGUCAUCAUACCGGUGUUUGCCCAUUAAAUGCUAAUAGAAGCAUUGGCAACCACAAGGGUACCAUUAAUCUCUAA